GUCUCAUUGGUGGAGCAUGGCCACAAAUCUCUGUGUGUGAGGCUGCUUGGCACCCAGCUUGUGUGCGUGUGUGUGUGUGCACGGUGAACCCCAGCAAGCGUCGACAUGGCUGGCUGCUCAGGAUGUGGACCAGGGUACCGGAGCCCGCUCGACGCCAUGAAGGGCGAUCGCGAGAAGAUCGUGUAUCUUCCGUGCAUCUACCGAAACACAUCCACCCGCAAGGCCGACUACUUGGCCACCGUGGACGUGGACCCGGAAUCUUCAUCCUAUUGCCAGGUCGUCCACCGCCUUCCUAUGCCCAACGUCAACGACGAGCUCCACCACAGUGGCUGGAAUGCCUGCAGCAGCUGCUUCGGCGAUGCGUCCAAGAAGCGGAACCGCCUCAUCCUGCCCGCCCUCAUCUCCUCUCGGAUCUACGUGGUCGACGUCGGCACUGAGCCCAGAAAACCCAGACUCCACAAGACCGUGGAGCCGGUGGACCUCUAUUGGAAGUGCGGCCUGGCCAACCCCCACACGACCCACUGCCUGGGCAGCGGUCAGAUCAUCAUCAGUUGCAUGGGCGACCCGUCCGGGGGCGGCAAAGGUGGCUUUGUGCUACUGGACGGCGAGACAUUUGACGUGAUCAGCAACUGGGAGCAGCCGGGUGAAGCGGCCCCCUUCGGCUAUGACUUUUGGUACCAGCCUCGCCACAACGUGAUGAUCAGCAGCGAGUGGGGGGCCCCCAAAGCUCUUGCUAAUGGGUUCGAUCCUGCUCAUGUCGCAGAAGGCCAUUACGGUACUUCCCUCCACGUGUGGGACUGGACCACCCACAAGAGGGUGCAGACGCUGGAUCUGGGAGAAGAGGGCGCUAUUCCUCUUGAAAUCCGCUUUCUCCACGACCCAAACGCCACUGAAGGUUUUGUGGGCUGCGCUCUCAAGGGGAGCGUGUUCCGCUUCUACAGAGCGCCAACAGGGAAGUGGGCUGCAGAAAAGGUCAUCGGCGUUCCCAGUAAGAAAGUCGAAGGAUGGAUGCUGCCUGACAUGCCAGCCCUGAUCACGGACAUCUUGAUCUCCUUGGAUGACCGCUUCCUUUACUUCAGCAACUGGCUCCACGGUGACAUCAGACAGUAUGACAUCAGCGACACCAGGAACCCUCGACUGGUUGGACAGGUGUUUUUGGGAGGCAGCAUCACCAACGAUGGACCGGUCCGAGUUCUGGAGGACCCUGAAAACCAGCCACAGCCCCAACCCCGUUUUAUUCAGGGGAAGCGAGUCUACGGUGGUCCUCAGAUGUUACAGUUAAGUUUGGAUGGUCAAAGGCUGUAUGUAACUACGUCACUCUACAGUGGCUGGGACAAACAGUUCUACCCUGAAAUGGUCCGGGAGGGGUCAGUAAUGAUGCAGAUCGACGUGGACACCUCGAAGGGGGGUCUGACCCCCAACGAGAAGUUCCUUGUGGAUUUCGGUAAUGAGCCUGGUGGUCCGGCACUGGCUCACGAGCUGAGAUACCCCGGAGGAGACUGCACGUCCGACAUCUGGCUGUGACCCCCCCCUCCAAAACAUUCCCUGCUUCUUCUUAGGGUGCCUGUGAGUUAGACUUGAUCUGUACUUCCCACUUUAAGAUCAUCAGGUUUUGUUUAAAUGUUAGGAACACAUCAGCGAUGGAAAUGCAUAUUCAAAUCACUUGUAUGAUGAUUGUGAGCUGACAAACACAGCAGCACCACUAGGGUCCAUGACUGUACUUAUACAAUCAAUGUAUCUUCCCCCAAAAGGCCUGCUGAGGGGAGUGUUUGAAAAAAAAAAAAAAAAAAGACAACUACGGCCAGACUGAUUGAUUAUUGCCACCUGUUUGGUGUCACUUUCAAUAAAUAGGCACCCCAGCUUGAAAAAAGCAUUGGGGUCAAAUUGGA